AUGGAUUAUGGAUCGAAGUUGGAGAGGUACAAGCAUAGCUACAAUCUGCUCCCUAGGAAUCACCGGGGUGUGAUUACCAUUAAGGAACUAGAAAAUAUGAUCCAUUCUGUAGGUGGCAAUCCCGCGAAAGAGGAUCUAAAGGACAUUUUCCGCGAUUCCGAUGUGGACGGCAAUGGAGAGAUCGGCUUCCAGGAUUUCUGCUUUGUGAUGGCUCGCUAUGAAUAUGAAGAAGAGCAUAAGAUUUCCGAGUUUUUCAAGACAUUCGAUACAGAACGCGACACCAUCAAAUCUGAACUCCUGAAUGUAAUCAAUAAAUCUGACUUUCAGAGCGACGAAGAAAUCCUUAUGCAAGCACUCGGCGAGGAACUUUGUACUAGAAAUAAUAUAACUGGUCCUGGAAAAAAAUAA